AUGUCGAAGCUCUCCGAGCCACUCAAGCAGCUGAUCAACGCCGCCCAUGCCCUGCCCGGCACGCUCAAGGCUCCGCCGUCGAUCCGCUCGACUUAUUCGCGGAUAGCAGCCAGCGCCAGAGACAAGGGCGUCGGCAUCCCUGCCUGGGUCACGUUCUCCACCGCGGCGACCAUGACGAUGAACUCGCCGUCGUCCAUGGUGGAACUGUUCCACCUGACACAGACGCUGCCGUCAGCGCCCUCAGCCCCCGACACCGCCGGACUCAUGCGUGAAGUCGGGCUCAAGUGCAUCUCUUUCAACGGCAUCCCGCGCUCGAUCAACUGUCUGGGGGCCUUCCGCGAAGGCAUGCCGAAGGAGGUGUUCGACAAGAUCCCGCGCCCGGUGUCGCGGCAACUGACCGCGGAAAACAUCGACGAGUCACUCGCCCGUGGCCGCCGGCUCUGGGACUCGGUGUACCGCCCCUUUGAGGAGAAGCUGCUCGACAAGCUUGCCCAGUCGCACCCCAACCUGCCCGUGCACAUCCUGUCGGGCCACUACUCGAACCUGCUGGCAGACCCGCCGUCCGACGCACCGCUUCAGGUGGGGCGGGUAUUGACAUCGCUGGCGGCCAUCGCGUGCUUGCGCGCCCAGACCGGCGUGGGCCCACAGGUGGUCAGCCACGUAUUCGGCCUGCGCAAGGCGUACCAGGACGGCAGCGCCGAGAAGGACGUCGAGGGCGGCGAGUGGCUGGCCACCGACGAGGGGAACCAGUGGAUCCUGAACUGCAUCGACGAGAUCGUCCGCGCGCUGAGCCAGGGGAGAGGCACGACGUUUGCACCCGGCAUGAGCGGCGGUGAUGGGGAGACCCUCAAGGCGAAGUUGUAG